GGAGGAUAUAAUUUCCCCAAACGCAGAUGGACACCGAGAGGUGCGACAGGUCGACACUGCACUAUGAAUGAGUCUGAGGAGACAGAGGACGGGGUCAUCCUGUCUGAGAAACCGGACAGCCAGACCGGAGCUAAGAGCCCAGUGAAGCAGAAGAGAUCAGAUCGAACUGUACACCGCCAGCUGUCCAUAAGCAGUGACCGGUCUAUGUUUAAGCCUCCAAGUUUCAAUGAUGGAGACCAGUCUGGUCUGCAAAUUCACGUGACACAGCAGGGACCAUCUACCCAGUAUGGCUCCAUGAAGCAUGACAUGUCUAAGGAGGAAUCUAUUGAGUUUCAUGAUGGAGGCCAGAUCCCAGUGAACCAGGCGAGACCAGACUCACCUGUGCCCAGCUGUGUGUCCAUGAGGAGUGACCGGUCUCUGAGUGAACCAAUUGAGUUCAAUGCUCAAGGUCCUAUUGUUGAGCCAAGAGCUCACCGGACGAGGUCCGAGGUUCUCCGUGAACGACCUGCCAAGAAGAAAACAGACCUGGACGCCAUUUUCAUAAUGCUUGAAGAGUACAUUAUGAAUUUUGUAAAGACCGAGCUGAAGACUUUAAAAAAACGUCUGGCACCAGAAGAUCCAGAAUGCUCAGAGAAGCUGAGAGAAGAUGAUGAAGUCCUGGUUGAAGGAGAAGAAGAAGAAGAAAAGCAGAGAAGCAGCAGAGAUGCAUUUCUGAAGAUCACACUCAACUUCUUGAGAAGAAUGAAGCAGGAGCAACUGGCAGACUGUCUGCAGACCAAAACGUCUGCUGUGGUUUGCCAACGUAAACUGAAAUCUAAUCUGAGGAACAAGUUUCAGUGCUUGUUUGAGGGGAUUGCCAGAGCAGGCAACCCAGCACUGCUGAAUCGGAUCUACACAGAGCUCUACAUCACACAGGGAGAGAGUAGAGCAGUCAAUGAUCAACAUGAGAUCAGACACAUAGAAGCAGCAUCACUAAAACGGCAAAGUUCAGAAACCACAAUCAGAUGCGAGGACAUGUUUAAACCUUCACUUGAAAGAGAUGAACCAGUCCGAAUUCUGAUGACAAAGGGAGUGGCUGGAAUUGGGAAAACAGUCUUAACACAGAAGUUCACCCUGGACUGGGCCGAAGACAAAGCCAACCACGAUAUAGAGUUUAUCUUUCCAUUCACAUUCCGGGAGCUCAAUUUGAUAAAAACAAAGAAAUACAGCUUGGUGGAACUUCUUCAUCAUGUCUUCGCUGAAACCAAAGAAGCAGGGAUCUGCAGGUUUGAGGAGUUCCAGGUUGUGUUCAUAUUUGACGGUCUGGAUGAGUGUCGACUUCAUUUGGACUUCCACCACAAUGAAAUCGUGACUGAUGUUACAGAGUCGACUUCAGUUGAAGUGCUCCUGACAAACCUCAUCAGAGGUAAACUGCUUCCCUCUGCAAGACUCUGGUUGACCACACGGCCUGCAGCAGCCAAUCAGAUCCCUCCUGAAUGCAUUGACAUGAUGACAGAAGUGAGAGGGUUCAGUGACCCACAGAAGGAGGAGUACUUCAGGAAGAGAUUCAGAGAUGAGGAGCAGGCCAACAGAAUCAUCUCCCACACUGAGACAUCACGAAGCCUGCACAUCAUGUGUCACAUCCCAGUCUUCUGCUGGAUCACUGCUGCAGUUCUGGAGGAUGUGUUGAAAACCAGAGCAUGUGAAGUGCUUCCAAAGACUCUGACUGAGAUGUAUAUCCAUUUCCUGGUGGUUCAAACCAAACAGGGGAAUGUAAAAUAUCACAGCAGUGUGGCGGCAGAUCCAGUCUGGAACGCAAGGACCAAGAAGACCAUUCUUACUCUGGGAAAACUGGCUUUUGAGCAGCUAGAGAAAGGAAACCUGAUCUUCUAUGAAGCAGACCUGGAAGAGUGUGGCAUUGACAUAAAAGCUGCGUCAAUCUACUCAGGACUAUUGACAGAGAUCAACAAAGAUAAUCAUGGGCUGAACCAGGACAAGGUGUUUUGUUUUGUCCAUCUGAGCAUUCAAGAGUUUCUUGCUGCACUCUAUGUCUUCCUGACGUUCAUCAACACCGGCGUCGAUCUACUGAGAAAAGGCUGGUUAGGGUUACGCCCUGUGUCAUUACGACACCAAUCCGACUUCACACACCUCUACCAGAGGGCAGUGGACAAGGCUUUACAGAGUCCAAAUGGACACCUGGAUUUGUUUGUCCGCUUCCUCCUGGGCCUUUCACUGGAGGUCAACCAGGCUCUCCUCCGAGGCCUGCUGAUAAAUACAGGAGGUAAACAAGAGGUCCAAACGAUGCUAGUGCAGUACAUCAAGACAAAGAUCAGGGACAAUCCUUCUCCGGAGAAAAGCAUCAAUUUGUUCCACUGUCUGAAUGAGCUGAACGACCAUUCUCUAGUGGAGGAGAUCCAACAGUACCUUGGAUCAGGAAACAUCUUUGAAAACAAACUCACCCCCUCUCAGUGGUCAGCGCUCGUCUUCAUUUUGCUGUCAUCGCAAAAAGAUCUAGAUAAGUUUGACCUGAAGAAGUUCUCUGCUUCAGAUGAGGGACUCCUGUGGCUUCUGCCAGUGGUUAAAGCCUCCAAAACAUCUCUGUUAAAUGGCUGUGACCUCUCGUGGAAAAGCUGUCCGGCUUUGUUCACAGUUUUCACCUCAAAUAACAACUUGAGAGAGCUGAACCUGAGUGACAAUGACCUGCACGAUGAAGGAGUAAUACUGCUCUCACAUGGACUUAAGUCUCCACACUGUAGACUGAAGACACUCAGGCUGUCAGGCUGUCUGGUCACAGAGAAAGGCUGCACUCAGCUGGCUGCUGAUCUGAACUCCAACCCCUCCCAUCUAAAGGAGCUGGACCUGAGCUUCAAUCAUCCAGGAGAGUCAGGGCUGAAGGCGCUGCAUGCACUGGAUAAACUGUCAACACUCAAGGUUGAUAAUUGUGGAAAGUGUCGAAUGAAGCCAUCACCUGUCAGGUUUUUCUGUGAGCUUUCACUGGACCCAAACACAGCAGACAGAAACCUCUCACUGUCCGAUGACAACAGACAAGUGACGGUGGUGAAAGAGAAGCAGCCGUAUCCUGAUCAUCCAGAGAGAUUUGACAGCUGUAAACAGCUGCUGUGUAGCAAAGCUUUUACCGGACACUGUUACUGGGAGGUAGAGUGGAAAGGGAGAGUUAAUAUCGGAGUGACAUACAGAGGAAUCAAGAGGAGAGGAGGUGAAAAUGACUGCUGCAUUGGAAGAAACGAUCAGUCUUGGAGUCUGAAUUGCUCUGCUGAGGGUUACACUGCCUGGCACGAUAACACACCAACAGACAUACCUCCUACCACUGACUCCAACAUGGUAGCAGUUCAUCUGGACUGGUCUGCUGGCACUGUGUCCUUCUACUGUCUUACCUCCAGAAGCUCAUGGGUCAAACGGAUCCACCUCCACACCUUUCACUCCGCUUUCACCGAACCCCUCUACCCCGUGUUUGGGUUUGGACCAAGAAGCGAGUUUGAGGCUACAUCGUCGUCAGUUUGUCUGUCACAGAUUGAAGAAGAAUGAAUGUUGUGUCAAGAUAAAUCACUGUAAUAAAACCCUAUAACGACUAUACAGGCAUAUACAAACAUACAUUUAUAUGCAUUAAAAUAGGAGAGUGUCAAGCUUCUGUUUACAGCUUGUUCUGGUGCCACCAUGUGGCCAAAGAGUAAAUUAAUGCUGCUCCAAUCAUUGAUGAUACUGUAACAAUAGACCCCACAGUAAAGAUUAUUUUACAUUUAUUACCUUUUAUCAUACAGGCUGAAAGAUGCAGUUACACACCUCCUGGACACCUGUACUCAUGUCACACAUACAGAAUGAAUGACAUGUUCACAAACGCACAUGAUACAUGAGCAUGUCUAAAAUGAUCUUAAUUCACUGUUUAUAAAUAAACUUUUACUUAUGUUGCAUACUUUCUUGAAAGUGAUUAAACAUGGUGACAGAAAUACAGAGGUAACAUUCA